AUGUCGUCUAAGAUUGCGAAGACAAUCGCUCGACAGCAAGAACGCAUCGCAGAAGGCAACUACUAUGAAGCCCACCAGCAGCUCCGUGUGAUCACCUCACGAUACCUCAAAUCGACCGACUAUAAGUCCGCCGCCGACGUCUUAUACAAUGGCGCGCUACUACUCCUCAAAGCUGGCCAAGGCGGCUCCGGGGGAGAUCUCUCGAUGAUGCUAUUGAAUGAUGUAUACACAAAAGGCGAAUACGAGUGCACGGAGGAGAACAAGCAGCGCCUUCUUGAAAUCCUACACGCCUUCCAGAAAGAUGAGCCGACGCGCAAGCGCUUCGUGCAAGAAAUGAUCAAUUGGUCUGGCAAAUUUGGGGAGCUUGAGCGCGGCGAUCCAGAGCUACACAACGCCGUUGGCAAGCUCUACGCCGAAGAAGGCGAAGCCUAUGAUGCCGAACGCCACCUGCUCAUUGGCACGCCGUCCAGUGCCCCAAUCCUUGCCAGUCUACAUUACCAGUGGUAUACCGCCGACUCUCCCCACACCGCGGCGUUGUACGCAUCGCGUUCAGUACUUCCGUAUCUCGUGCUCGGAAACCUCGCCUCCGCCACCACAGCUCUUGCGCAAUUUACCUCUCUUCUCACAUCCUCCAACACGUCGCUGCCCACGCAGUCGAUUGACUCGGCGAAAUCCUCCGUCCGCAUCUUCCCAUCCAUUCCUCUACUCAACUUCCUCGCUUUACUGUUGCUCUCCGCACAAAAGAAUGACGCUGGAUUAUUCCGACAAUUAGCGAAGCACUACGCCGGCCAUCUGAAGGAGGUGGAGGAAUUCUGGGGGGAAGCGCUGGCUAACGUUGGGGAGAUAUGGUUCAAUAUCCGGAUGCCGAAGCAGGGUGGCAGCAAUCCGCUGUUUGACAUGAUGAGCAACAUGAUGUUUGGAGGCGGCGGUGGUGCAGCUGGGCAGGCACGAGGAGGGACACCGCGGGCAGCCACACCGAAGCCAGCUGUGCAGGCAAAGCCACCGUCCGCGCCAGCGGCGAUGGAGUUAGAUUAG